AAAGGACUGAUUGAUGGGGAUUGUGACAGACUUUAUCUCUCACAAGUAGAGCUGUGAAGUAAGAGUGAGGGGAGUCAGCGUGUUAAAGAAACUGCCAUGCUGACCAAGUAAUUGUUGAACGUACAAAUCUGUGAGGACUUUUAAAAGAGAGAAAGAGAAAAGAAAUAGGACACGGGAGGAGAGGAAAAAAAGAGGGUGUCAUAAUACAAACAGAGCCAAAGGAAAUCUACAGGAAAAGAAGAGGAGGAAACUGAUAAUCAGUUGUGAACACAUUUCUGGACUAAGAUGGAAGUCUACAAUGUAACAGUAGCAACUGGUACAUCAGAGUAUUCAGGCACCAACAACUACAUCUUUGUGACCCUAGUGGGAGAGAAAGGGGAGAGUGAACGGACACUGCUGGACAACCCUGGACUGGACUUCUGUCGAGGAGCAGUGGAUCAGUACAAGGUGACCAGCCCUUCACCUUUAGGCUCUCUGCUACUGGUCAGAGUGGAGAAACAGAGGUACUGGGUGGAAGAUAACUGGUUCUGUCGCUACGUCACAGUGGAGCCUCCAGGUGGAGAAAAAGUGCUGACUUUCCCUUGUUACCGUUGGCUUAUAGGAGACUCAAAGGUGGAGAUAAGAGAGGGCACAGCGAAGACAGCGAGGGAUGACUCCUUACCUCAGCUGCUGGCACACAGGAAGACAGAGCUGCAGGAGAGACAGGCAACUUACAGAUGGGUGACGUGGGCUCCAGGCAUUCCCAGAUGUAUCGACGCUAAAACAGAGGCAGAUUUACCUCAAGACGUCCGCUUUGACAAUGAGAAGAGGAGCGACUUUGAACAUUCCUUACACUAUGCCUUGCUGGAGUUGUCUCUGAAGAAGCUGGCCAUCAGGUUUGGGAAGUCCUGGAAUGACCUGGAUGAUUUCAAACGGAUCUUCUGGAAGCUGCGAAGCCCCAUUGCUGAGUACUGUAUGGAGCAUUGGAAGGAGGAAUGGUUCUUUGGCUACCAGUGUAUGAAUGGCUGUAACCCAAGGAUGAUCCGGAGGUGCAAGAAGCUGCCAGAGAACUUCCCUGUCACACCAGAUAUGGUGCAGAGCUCCAUGGUUCCCAGGACCAACCUGGACAAAGAACUAAAGGCAGGGAAUAUCUACUUGUUGGACUAUGCCAUCAUGGAUGGGAUUCCCACCAACACAAUCAGGGGUAAACCUCAAUACGUCGCUGCGCCACUCUGUCUCCUGUACCAACACCCAGAUGAAGGACUCAUACCUAUUGCUAUACAGCUAGAACAGACUCCAGGCCUUGACACGCCCAUAUUCCUGCCCAAAGACCCACCCCUGGCCUGGCUAUUGGCUAAGAUGUGGGUGCGUACCUCUGAGUUCCAGGUAUUCCAGCUGCUGUCUCACCUGCUCAGGACUCACCUGGUGAUAGAGGUGUUUUGUGUGGCUACUCUGAGACAGCUACCUGCUGUACACCCUAUAUAUAAGCUCCUGGCCCCUCAUCUGCGCUACACUCUAGAGAUCAACUGUAGGGGGCGCACUCAGCUCAUCUCUGCCAAUGGCAUCUUCAAGCGGGUUGUGUCUACAGGUGGUGAAGGCCUGUUGAUUUUGGCUCAGAGGGAAUACAAGGUGCUGACUUAUCGCUCCCUCCAGCCCUGCAACGACUUCACUGACAGAGGAGUUUCCCAGCUUCCAAACUAUUUCUACAGAGAACACAGUCUGAUGCUGUGGGAGGCCAUACACAGUUUUGUCUCAGGUAUGGUAAGCCUGUACUACCAGUCAGACCAUGAUGUGCAGGAGGACCUGGAGCUCCAAGCCUGGAUCAGAGAUGUAUCACAAGAAGGCUUCACCGAGCUCCCCAACUUUGGUCUGCCCAGUAAGCUCAGCACCCGAGAUGAACUCUCCACCCUGCUGUCAGUGGCCAUCUUCAUCAGUACAGCCCAGCAUGCUGCUACUAACAACGGACAGUUUGACUGGUGUGCCUGGGUCCCCAACACCCCCUGCACCAUGAGACAACCCCCACCAACAAACAAGGAUGCUGUUACCAUGGAGAUGAUCAUGGCCACCCUUCCUGAUGUCAGUCAGUCCUGUGUGCAGAUGGCUAUCACAUGGCAUCUGGGGAGAGCACAAUCAGAUGCAAUUCCUUUGGGCCAAUACCCAGAAGAGCACUUCACUGAGGGGCGGGCCCAGGAGCUGAUUGACAGGUUCAGAACAGAGCUGAAAGAGAUUGAGGGCCACAUCCUGAGUCAGAAUAAAGGACUGGAGCUUCAGUACCUUUUCCUCCUGCCUAGCCGCAUAGAAAACAGCAUCACUAUAUAGAAAGAAAGAGAGACUACUCCAUGCAGGAUUCUCUCUGUAUGGUAUGUGGUAGUAUGGUGCAUACCUAACACCUCUGAGAUUUGUUUUCACUUUGACAUAAUACACAAGAAAAUCUAAGUAUAGGAAAACAGUUUUUUAUUUGUAUGAAAAAUGUUCUGCAAGACAUGCAUUAGACAAUUUAUGAUUUGUAUGACAUGUUUUUAUAGAACAGGCAAUGUGUCUGUGUUGAGUAAAGGAGUGUAAAUCGAAUUUCCACCAGAAGCAGUUUGGUUGUGUCACAGCCACAUCAACACCAUGGCCAGUGUCCACUGAAUAUGGUUGGAAAAAGUGUAUGUGCAUUGGAACCAAUAUGUUUAAAGUUUAUUUAAUGCUUUCAAUGUUAGCCAAGCAUUAGAUGUCUAUCACAGCAUUUUUUACCAAAUUGCAAGCAUAAUUGAAGUAUGAAAUAUACCUUUGAGUGAAAUGCUGUAGACAUAGAAUUGCUUCAGUCUCUGAAAACAUGAUAACAGGUGGUCAACUGGGAAGGAGUCAAAAGUCAUCGACCAGGAGUCAUUGGACAGCCGGAGAAAGAUCAAGGAGGACAUUCACACCUAACACUGGAAACCAUCUUUGAACAGAGACAGUGGUUAUCUCCCUCCAUAUGCAACCACCGGUUAUCAUUUGACUGAAGGCGCAUUAUAACUGAGCAACCUCCAUCAACUGGUGAAGACCGUGAGAUGUGGCUGAAAGCUAGUACAUAUGUUGAGUAAACUUGGACUGGUUCUUUU